GGGAUGAAUUGGAUGUUCGAGAAGAUCUUAUUGUGGUGGUGAGUAUAAAAGAAGGAGCGACCGACUCUAGUGUUUCCUACAUUACAACUUACAACUCGUUACUUGUUAUUUCUACUUUCAGCAGAACUUGAUUCUCGAGACCUCACUUUAGCCUUCGAAGCUCUACUCACGAAUCCAAUCCAGAAGUAGAGAUCGUCCAAGCCACAGAUCAUUUCAUCUUUGCAACCAUGACUUCAUCUUCCACCAAGCUGAAGAUCGUCUUCGGCGCCAUGACGAUUGGCAAGGAGAACACACUUGGUGCAAGAGUCUACACCAAAGAAGGGGCCAAUGCUCUCAUUGACCUCUUUCAAAAGCACGGUCACAAUGAAAUUGACACUGCCCGCGUCUACGGCUUCGGAACCACCGAACAGAUCCUCGCUGAAACUGACUGGGAGAAGCGAGGUAUCGUCAUGGACACUAAGCUCUACCCAAACAGAGGUGGUCCUCUGAGUGACAUGGAGGUCUACGAUCACACUCCUGAAGAUGUCCGUCGAGGCCUGAUGGAUUCACUGAAAGCUUUGAAUUGCAAGAAAAUCGACAUGUUCUACCUCCAUGGUCCAGACAGGAAGCACCCAUUCGAAGACACCUUGAGAGAAGUCAAUAAGUUGCACCAAGAAGGAUACUUCACCAGAUUCGGUGUCAGCAACUACCAGUCCUGGGAAGUUGCAAAGAUCUGCGAGAUCUGCGAGAAGAACGGGUGGAUUAAGCCAACUGCCUAUCAAGGCAUCUACCAUGCUCUCCAACGAUCUAUUGAAGCAGAGCUGUUCCCUUGCUUGAGGCACUAUGGUAUCGCUCUUUACGCCUUCCAACCCCUUGCUGGAGGAUUCUUGACGGGACGCUACACACGUGAUCAAGAAGACUUCGAGCCUGGAUCUCGAUUCGAUCCCAAGAAAUAUCAAGGCACCCUACAUCGAGGCAGGUACUGGAAUGAUAGCUACUUCGAUGCGUUGGAUAUUAUCAAGCCUGCAGCUGAGAAACAUGGGUUGACGAUCGCUGAGGUAGCGAUGAGGUGGAUUGAGCAUCAUUCUACGAUGAAAAAGGAAUUUAACGAUGCAAUUAUCAUUGGAGCAAGUAGUACGAAGCACUUGGAGGAGAAUUUGAAGGAUCUGGAGAAGGGUCCUCUGCCAGAGGACGUGGUUGAGGUGCUUGAGGCGGCUUGGUUGAAAACGAAAGGUGUUGCACCAAAGUAUUGGCAUUGAGUUGCGGCAGGAAGUAGAAGGGGAUCAGGAUGAUGCCAGCAUGAUGGAAGCUUUUAGGCAUUCAUAAAUGCGAAGCGUUUCGUCGAAGACUUAAGGACUACCAGCCUUUAAGUAUCAAAAGCAAUCAUCUCAAGCUUGUUUAGGCGAGGCGCAAGUCAGCGAUGAUAUUCCCAACAUCACCUUUCGUCAUUCUCCACAAAGCGUAUUCAUUAUCGGGUGCUGUAUAGUUACAAUGAUCAAUUCUUCUUGAACAAUGAGACA